UGGAACAUCGGCGCUGAUUAACUUGUCACGAUUCUUUUCACAAGUUAGAAAACUUCGCAAUUUUGGUUUUGCAGUUAAGCAUCAUUUCAAAAUGGACACAUGGAUUGGUUUCCUGUUUUUGUUCACGAUUUCACCAUGCAUCGCUCUAGAAUGUCCCAGCUGUAAGCAUAUCGGCUUUGAAUACAUCAACAUGCCGGCCAAUUUCGAAAGUAAGCUGGCCGGUAUGAUGUCCUCCUUGGAUUCGUUAAAAAAUGAGCCAUGUUCUAAUAACACAGCCCCGACAGAGACCUGCGCCGUUUCCUCAGGUGUUGAUACAGUCAUUGACACGUGUAUCAGUUUCACAUUCACCAUGACGUGUAUGGGCUUCACAGCCUCUAAUCUGCCCGAUACCGAGAUGAGGAUUACGGUAGUGACGCGUGAGUGCAGCACAUCGCCGGUAGGCACCGAGGACUCUUGUCGAGAGAUUGAUACUGUUUUAGACGCCGAGGGUCAAGCUGAGAUUAUCAAGUCACUCGAGUCAAUGAACGAUUUAUUCGAAUCCGUCGAAUAUGAUGGUGACAUCUGCACCUCUUCGACCGAUUAUUUCACUACUAUCGCCAGGGUCACUGUCACUGACGGGGCUUCUAACACAACAGCAGGAGCACGCAAGAUCAACACGGAACCCACAAGCGGUUCGUCGACGAUCAUGUUCAUGCCAAUUACGGUUUUGGUAAUUGCUAUGUACCUUGUGUAAAUCCAUAGCAGAAAAAAUCCUGCUUAGGUGAUUUCGAACGGUUUUCCAGCAGAACAUAGUAUAUAAAGAGGUUGCUGGAGGGUCUUGAUAUGUAUCUGUGCAUUUGAUUGUUUGUUUAGUUUUAUUCGGACCAUAUUCGAGAAAUAUGAGAAAUAGACGAUAUUUUGUCGAAAGUGUUUACAAUUUGUUCUAAAGAAGGUCACACAAAUGUUUCAAAACUUGUUAUACAUAACAUCGUUUAUGAUUAUCCAGAUGAUAAAAGUGUAAACUAUCAUUUUCUUUCGAAAGUGACAGAUCAAUGCCUUAAAGCUUAAAGAACAACACCUUAACUUGUUAAGAUAUAAGGCAUUAUGUUAUUGCAUAUUUAUUGCGACUAUUGCAUCACCAGUCGCGAGAUGCUUAAAUACAUAUUUCCUCGAGAUUUCAUUUACAAUACAAUAUUGAAUAAAAAGGAAACUAUCCUAAAACAUACAAUAGCAACUGUGGUUUGCAAUAUUAAUUUUGACUUCCUAGUUUCUUUUUGCAUUAUGUUCAU